AUGGCGUGUGAGGGGGAUGCUGGACGGUUGGAGGAGCACCAAUUCUGGGACGAAUUGCAGAGUAUUGUCUCUACGGCGUGCGAGUCGGAGGAUCGCAUCGAUGACGUCCUGCGUGCCCAUCUCGGCCUUGCGACCAGCUACAAGGAUGACUUCCUUACCACCGACUACGACAUCUCCCGUUGCUCGUAUAUACUUCUCUCGUCGCCGCUCUUCGCCGCACAUGCCCCGUAUAUCCGUCAACAGAUCAUCUACAGCCUGCUGCAGGAGGACGACUGGACGAUGUUGCAGCUGAUUGUGUCGGUGCUGCUUUUCGACGGGCAGCAGCAUGAGGUCACCCUGCGGCAGAUGAAUGAGAUCGGCGUCUUUGCCCGUCUGCUGGAGCUCAUCCAGGGCGUCGACGAUGGGGAUGAGGGUGAGGGCGCGGGUCUGCGUCGCUUGCUCUUGGGUCUACUGUAUGAGAUGUCGCGCAUCCAGCGGGUCAGGAUUGAGGAUCUUGUUCUCGUGGACGACGAGUUCAUCAAGUGUCUGUUCGAGAUCAUCGAGCACAUCUCAUUCGACGCCAAUGACCCGUACCAUUACCCUGUUAUUCGCGUGUUGUUGGUGUUGAAUGAACAAUUCAUGAUCUCGGCCCAUGACCCGGUCGAGAGUGGCCAUCCUCUCACCAACAAAGUGAUCAAAAUCCUGUCGAUGCACGGCAACGCCUACAAGACUUUUGGCGAGAACAUCAUUCUUUUGAUUAAUCGAGAGGGUGAAACUUCUCUACAGCUCCUCACCCUCAAACUACUCUAUCUGAUCUUCACAACCCCGAGCACCUACGAAUACUUUUAUACUAAUGACUUGCACGUCCUGGUUGACAUUCUCAUCCGCAAUCUCCUCGAUCUACCAGAGGAGGCCUCCGCCCUUCGACACACCUACCUACGCGUUCUUUACCCGCUGCUCGCCCACACACAGUUGAAAUACCCUCCCUACUACAAGCGUGAGGAGUUGACCCGCGUACUAAGCAUCCUGGUGCAUGGCCAGUUCUCCACGGACCCCGACCAGGAGGGGAAGAUCAUGCACUUUGACGAAGUCGAUGAGACUACCCGACGGCUUGUUGACCGGUGCGCCACGGUGGAUUGGCUGGUCCCUGUCCCCGAGAAGACGACCACAACCACAACCACAACCAUCACGUCAAGUAUAGAUGAGAUUGGAGACCCCCUAGCCGUCACCCGGACGAUCUCCUUGGCUUCGACAAUCAGUGAUUCCCCCGGUCCUGCGUCCCCCGACCCCGCGUCCGCCUCGGUGCUGAGUGUCCAUGAAGUCGCCUCGAUGCACGCCAAACCAGGUGUCAUGACUCCAAGCCUCCGCGUCAAGCCUGAACCACCCAAACGGCGCUGGCGGGGGCGACGUAACGCUGAAGAUGAAAGCAGCGACAAGGCCAGCUCUCUCGGUCCGUCGCCUGCUUCUGUUCCUGCUCCUCCUCCUCCUCCUCCCCUUAUCAUAUCACCAGCGUCGUCAUCGUCUCCUUCUUCUACCAUGACGAGCCCGAAACGCAGAUCAGUGUCAAACCCACCCCCGGCUCUGCCCCCGCCCCGCAGGUCAUACCUGCCCAAUCCUCCACCCCUGCCCAAGACAUGUACCCCAAGCCCGACAGGUCUGCCGAUAUCCCCUGUCCCCGUCCCCAGUUUGCCCGGCACCAACGGGUCAUCAUCCUCCAAGUAUGCGAUGAAGCCGGAGCCCCCCAAGGCGCGCCGGCGGGGACGAACUGUACACGCGCCGAGCGACUCCAGCCCGACGCAUGCAGGCAACACUGGAGCGGUGGGGUUUGAGGAGGCAAUGCAGAAUUUACGUAUCUCUUAA